UGUUCACAAAGACACGUUUGUGUGUCCUUUCCGAUUGGCUGCGAAAGCCAAUUAAGUGGAAGUACAAAUAAGAGGAAGCGGUGCGAGCGGUCCAAAGCGUCUCGGUCCUGUGUCCGGCAGUGUGUUACGAAGAUGUGCAGUCGGAUGGAGCACCAUGCUGGGAAUUAUAAAAAGAUCUUCGACACAGUGGAGGAACUUGCAGAACCGAUUCCUGCCCAAGUCACAGGUGUCAUUCCACCAUGGCUCAAAGGCAGCCUCCUGAGACUGGGGCCUGGUUUGUUUGAGGUUGGGAGUGAACCUUUCUAUCAUUUAUUUGACGGUCAAGCUCUUUUUCAUAAGUUUGACUUCAAGGAUGGAGCUGUCACCUACUACCGAAAGUUUGUUAGAACUGAUGCCUACGUGAGAGCAAUCACAGAAAACCGGAUUGUCAUAACCGAAUUUGGGACCUGUGCCUACCCAGACCCUUGCAAGAACAUCUUUUCCAGGUUUUUCUCCUAUUUCAGAGGGGUUGAAGUGACGGAUAAUGCCCUUGUCAAUGUGUAUCCUAUUGGGGAGGACUUUUAUGCUUGUACAGAAACAAACUUCAUUACAAAGGUUAACCCAGAAACUCUGGAAACUAUUUCAAAGGUAGAUUUGUGUAAGUAUGUUUCGAUCAAUGGUGUGACGGCUCAUCCCCACAUCGAAAAUGAUGGAACCGUGUAUAAUAUCGGAAACUGCUUUGGCAAAGGCUUUUCGAUUGCAUAUAACCUUAUCAAGAUUCCACCCAAACAGAAAGACAAAGUGGAUCCACUGGAUAGGGCGAAAGUAGUUGUGCAGUUUCCUUGCAGUGACAGAUUUAAGCCAUCCUAUGUGCACAGCUUUGGAAUGUCAGAAAACUACUUUGUUCUGGUGGAGACCCCUGUCAAGAUCCAUUUGCUUAAGUUUCUGGCUGCAUGGAGCAUUCGUGGAGCAAAUUAUAUGGACUGCUUUGAAUCGAAUGAAACAAUGGGGACAUGGGUGCAUAUUGCUACAAAGAAGACUGGAGAAUAUCACAACAUCAAAUUUCGGACAUCUGCUAUCAAUGUUUUUCAUCACAUCAAUACAUAUGAAGAUGACGGUUUCCUUGUGGUUGAUUUGUGCACUUGGAAAGGGUUUGAGUUUAUUUAUAAUUACCUGUAUCUUGCUAACCUGAGAGAGAACUGGGAAGAAGUCAAGAAAAAUGCAAUGAUUGCUCCUCAGCCAGAGGCCAGAAGAUAUGUCCUGCCAUUGGAUGUGUACCGGGUAGAACAAGGCAAGAACUUGGUGUCCCUUCCCUAUACAACAGCAACAGCAACCCUGAGAGUUGACGGUACUGUGUGGCUAGAACCAGAAGUUCUUUUUUCUGGCCCCCGUCAAGCUUUUGAAUUCCCACAAAUCAACUAUAAGAAAUACUGUGGGAAGAAUUAUACUUGUGCCUACGCUUUGGGACUUAAUCACUUCAUCCCAGACAGGGUUUGCAAACUGAAUGUAAAAACAAAAGAGACCUGGGUGUGGCAGGAGCCUGAUGCCUAUCCUUCUGAGCCCAUAUUUGUGGCAGCACCUGAUGCCGUUGAAGAAGACGAUGGUGUGAUUUUGACCAUCGUUGUGACUCCUGGUGCAGGACAGAAACCAGCGUACCUUCUGAUUUUGAAUGCCAAGGACCUUACAGAAAUUGCCCGUGCUGAAGUAGAAACCAUUAUUCCAGUGACUUUUCAUGGAAUGUACAAACCAUAGACAUGUUUCAACCUUGUUGUCAAGAACCAAUUUGCAACAAACAUAGCUUAAGCAAAUCUACAUUAGAAUACGUGAAAGUAUAUAUUUAGAUUUUAUUUAAAUUAGUCUCUUACAAUUCAUUCUUUUAGUCUAUUUGUUUCAGAUUUACUUAGCUGUAUAAUGAUAUUUUCAUGACAAUGCAUGGCUUAGUGAGUUAAUCCAUUAACCGAUAUUUAUUUUUUAAUUCACCAUACAGUGGUCUAAGUUUUUGAGUGCUUUCAAAACAAGUGAAACACCUGAAUACUUAUUCUACUUUAUGUAUCUUCUUUGGUAAAUGCAAGCAAUGUUAAUGAAACACUCAAAGGGUAAAUAUCCAGGCCUUUAGACAUUCAUUUACAUUUAUACAGCUCUUAGCAGACUCUUCAUAAUUGCCACCACUGAAAAAAGUGACAAAUUGUUAUUUCUGAGGUGAAACUGUAAGAGAGACAUGUCAGAAAGUAAAAAUACUGUAAAUACA